UUGUUAAAGCUGUAUUUAUUAAUGUGUCUCCAACAUUUUGUCUUUUUCAAGUUCCUGUCAUGUCCUCCAGCUGCUCCACCGCCCCAUCCACACAAAUGUCAUCGGUUUUGACAAUUUCCUUCGUUGGCCCGAACAGUGCAGUUGCAGAACAAUGUCUUCGGAGAGUGAAGAUGAAUUUCAAUCAGCUGAUGAGGGCUCAGACUCAGAGAAUUCAGAAUACAUCCCUAAGGCCUUGGCUCAGCCAACUCCACCAUGCACGAAUGCUUCUCUCUCAAAAAAAGUUGACAAGGUCAGAAAAGAUGAAACUUACAAUGUAAUGGCGAUGGAUAAAUAUGACGAAGAUUCUUCUCCUCUAAAAGAAGUGCCUAUUGUUGACAAUACCAAGGCAGAUGUGUUAUGUGGAAGUCAUGAGGAAAGCAUUUCUCAGACAAUGUCAGAGUUAUCUGUUGUAGAUAAUGAGACUGAAGGAGGAAGAGCCUCAGAUCAGUUAGAUUCUAAAUAUAGUGUCCCUGAAGUGAAAGAAAUUGCUGAUAUGAAUGUGGAAAGGUUGGAAGAUGAAAGUGUGACACAGGAAUGUAUGCAAAAAGGAGGAGGUGAUUAUCAUCUGGAGGAGCAUAAAAAUGCAGAAAUUGGUCAAGUACAACCAAAAGAAAUGGUUAGAAAUAAUGUUGAGACUGAAGAAUUAAAAGAGAAACAUGAAGACUCGCGUGGUGAAUCAGAGGUGUCGUCAACAAAUACUGCAACAGUAGACACCAAGCCUGAAAGUGUUGAUGAUGGCUCAGGAAUCCAUGGAGGAAGGAAGCCAAAAGCAAUUAGACAAUCAAAAAUUGGGAUGAAAAAGCCCAGGGAAAAGCUUGGAGAACGUCUUGGGGCAAAAAAAAUAAAUGUAAACAUGGCAAAUAUAUCCUCAGACAGCACCAGCUGUGUAAAUACCACAAGAGGUAUGGAGGAGGAGAGUGGAAAAAUGCUAUCAAGUAAUCAAAAAAAGCUACGUGCAGAGGUAGUCAGCAAAUCCACAGACAGCACCAGUAGUGUGGAUACCAAGGGGCCUAUGGAAGAGGAAAGUGAUGAAGUGCAAACAAAAAACACAAGGUGCACAAUGACUGGCAAAGGUGCGGGGGAAACUGAAGAAGAUGAGAAAAGCAAGAAAAGGCAGCAGUGGGAGGAGCAGCAGGAAAGGUGGCAUCAGGCUUUAAACUUGGGCAAGAGUGAGAAAGAGGCCUCUUCAAGGGACAGUGAUGGGUGGGGUGCUCCAUGGGGGGGCUGGGGCAGCACUCUUCUCUCUGCUGCCACCACCUUGACCCGGGAGGUGGGGCGGGGAGUGGGCACUGUCAUGGAGACGGUGGAAAGCAGUAUUGGAGCUCCCAGCCCAGAGGUUAUGGCACAAGAGUUAGCAAAACAAGAGCAACCAGAAAAAAACUUAGAGGAGAAAUCAGCUGUUAGUUCUACUGAGGAGAGUGAGGAAGCUGAUAAGGAGAAUCAUGGAGACAGUAAGGAAAGUUCCGUGGGUGGGUGGCAGUCAGGACAGCAAAGGGGGGCUAGCUAUGGCCUUGGAGGCUUCUCUCUUGGUUCUCUUGUGUCGGGUGUCUCUGGAGCACUAGAGACUGCAAGCUCCAAGGUUCUAAUGGGGGGACUGGACACGUUGGAGGUGAUAGGGCGCAAGGCCAUGGAUGUCAUCCAGGAAGGGGACCCAGGCCUCAGAAGGAAAAGAGCAUUUCUCUCCAACAAGAAACCUAAUUUGUCUCAGAUGUUGCAGGAAGCACGACAAAGAGCUUCAGAAGAGGAGAAAGAAAGGGCAAUAGAUGGGAGAAGUGCAAAGAACUCUCAAAAGCCUUCCUUUGAGCAGGCCUGGGAAGACAGUGAGGGACCAGUGCACCUCGAGGCACUGUCCCUGGUGGCUAAACAGUGUCAGAGUAAGAAGACUUCCAUGGCAGCCACACUUCCACAUUAUGUACAGGAUAAGCUACACAGCAAUAAUACUGUUAUCAAGAACACCUGUGAACUUGAUGAAGAGGGACAGGUGGAUGGGGACCUUGUGGAGGUGGUGCCUGUUGUCUUAGCUAAGAUAGACCUCCCACUGCAUCCACAGAAGCUGAUCGAGGCCUGGUCAUUAGUUCAGGAGAAAGCAGCCCUUAUCCAAGAGGCUGAUCUGGAAAAGAGAGAUCAAGCUGAGAAUGAGCUGUACCAAGCCCUGGCAAAGUUUGUUACUCAGCUCUGUGCCUUGGCUCAUAAGGGGGGAGAACUGGCCCUCAUCACUCCUGAAAUUGAUCCCCUUGACGUGGCCUCACACUUCAAAGAUUUGGCUCAGGUAGUGUCUGGGAGCCUGGAGAACAUGGCUGACCAGGUCUGUGGCAGCAUAACCUCCGGGGCAGAUGCUGCUGAUGCCCAAAUUAAAGACACAAUUACAAACAUUUACCUACAGGCAACAACUUGCAACAACUAUAUUCAACAGAGUUUGGUGUCACUGGCAUCAAUAUUACAGUACAGCAACACCAAGUUGGCUGCAGCCCAGCUCUGAGCUCAUUGGCCCUGUCUUGCCUGUAAAAAUCAACCCAGUGAUCCAAGUCUGUAUGGUGUGCAUUCCAACUUUAAGUGAUGUGAACCAAUGGUAUGGUUACAUUCUUAAGCAGUUACCAGCUUAAAAAGAUAAAGCUAAUGCCUUACCAACACUGCAAGAAGAAGAGAACUGUCAUGGCUCGACAAGAUUUAUUCAAGAAAAGUUUGGGGAUCAUUUUCAUGCUCUUUAAUGGACUGUAAAUUCCCUGCCCACGAAAGAAUGUGACAGUGCGAUUAUCCAAGAAGGAGGAGUCAAUGCUGUGACAUCACCCAGUGAUUCUUCACAUUGUGGCAGUAGUUCCCAUUCUUGGCUAGCUGCAGGAUAACAGUAGCUGUUCUGUUUCAUGACCUGGUGCCAGGAUUUGCUGUUUCUUUGUUCUGGACAAUCAGAGUAUAUUAUCAUCAUUGACAACUUUUGGAUGAAGUAGCAGAGCUAAUGUAAGGAGACAAACUAAGGAGUUAAUAUUAUUAAUUUAGUGUUUGAGUUUGGAAAGAUUUGAUAAAGUUGAAGGCUGUGGUACUAGUUAUUCUUUUUAUAAUGUAAGCAGUUAUGACCUAAAUGAGAUGUACUUCUUUAAUAAUUUGGGUGGAAAGUGUCAGACACAGACUGCAAUACUCUUGUAUAUUAAUUCCCAAAAUAAACAUUUAAAUAAUUUUCA